GUGUCGCUAAAUGGUUCGUGGACAGAAGGCAGAUAAAGCAUCAUUCCCCUUCGCCUCGGACUCAGAUUUUACAGCACAGUCUGCACUCGUGUGCUUGUAAACAGACCCUCACACGUGACAAUGGGAGUUCUGACUCUGUGUUGUUCGUGGAGUACAAAAGGGCUAACGCAGAGCCCUCAAAUAUUAAGUUAAAGGGCGGAAUAAGAGAACUAUGGCGGAAUUAAGUUAUCGGACAGAGGAAGAAUUGUAUGUCGAAUAGGAAAAAAUAACCAAGUUGAAGACCAGGUGCGUGCUUUUUUCCCUGUGCGUCUGAAGGAUUUCUUAUUUACGGUUGCCAUUUGAUAGGCAGCUAAUGUAGCCAGCUAGCACAUCGACGUCCCGUUAAAUUGUCCAUAGACAGAGGAAGUCAUAUCAACAAGCUAACCGUUCGUCUUUUCUAGUGUAAUUUGUUGAUCAGUUGUAGAGUCUGAGACAGUUGCUUCCCACGCUUGUGGCAAUAAUCAUUUUGUCACCGUUGUAAAACUCCAUCAUAGUUUCAGCUAGAUUGUAGCUAGUAGCCUUCGCUAUGUCUUUCGCCAUGGAGGAUCCUGUCGAGUCCGGUUGGGUAUCUGUGCGGCCGAAUGUGUUUGACGAAAAGGAGAAACACAAAUUCAUUUUUAUUGUCGCUUGGAAUGACAUUGAAGGAAAGUUUGCCAUUACAUGCCAUGACCGAACGGUGCAGAAAAGGACUGCUCGAGAUUCUUUCAUGGAAGCUGCCAAACGGGAAUUUGAGUCCGAGAAGGCUGCAGUCGAUGAAACCGGGGCUGAAAAUAAACAGCAUCUCUCAACGGAUCGAACGGAAAUUUUCAUUCCCAAGUCGCCAGGGCAGAGCCCAGUGAAGGGGCCUACUGUGGAUCGAACUAAGAGCCAGUCGGUGGAAACUAGGCCAAAAGGCCAGACUAAAGCAAAAGUAUCUCAUGAGGGCUCUACAGUUUCUGACAUCGAGCUCCUCGAGCCAUCUAGUUUGACCGGUGAUAGUCGAUCUUCACCCGACGACACGGAAGGUUUGGGGGAUUUGGACCGUUUUGUGCGACAGGAUUCCAGCUGGGCCGGCCUGUUCUCAUUCCAAGACUUCAGAGCGGUCCACCUCCAACUCUGCGCCGUCAACUCGGACUUGGAACCAUGUCUUCCCACUUUCCCGGAGGAACUUUCAGGAAUGUGGACCGUGUUAUUCGGCGUCCCGGAGUUGACCGAGCGAGAGACGGAGACGCUGUGUUAUCAGCUGCAAGUCUACCUGGGCCAUGCCCUGGACACCUGUGGAUGGAAGAUUCUCUCGCAGGUGCUUUUCACUGAUGGAGGAGACCUGGAAGAGUACUAUGAGAGCUUGAGUGAGCUCCGUCAAACGGGGUAUGAGGAUGGUCUUCAGAGAACCAAAAAGCGCCUACAAGAG